AUGGCGGACGAAGGGGUUGAUCAAGACAGUCACCAAGAAAUUGCCGUAACAAGCAAUGAGAACAGGUGUAUUCAUUUCUUUGGACUUACUUUUCCUCCUUCUGGAUUUUUUGGACGAACUUUAACUCGAGGCUUUAUCGUUUUAGUGAGCUGGGCAGUUUUAUGGUCUGUUUUGGGUGACAAUGCUUUACCGCGCGGCAAUAUCUUCGGAAUUUUUAGUGUUGUUGUUCUUGCCGCUUUAGGCGGCUUUUUAACUAGAAAACUGUCUAGAGAUGCUCUUCCAUCUCUGCUGGGUAUGCUAGUAGUCGGCUUUAUUCUCAGAAAUGUGCCAGGAAUUAAUGUGGCUCGUCACAUUGACAAGAAAUGGUCCGCUACACUCAGAAACAUGGCUCUUGUCGUUAUUUUGACUCGUUCUGGUCUUGAGCUCGACCCAGGUGCUUUACGAAGACUAAAAUUCACCGUCAUUCGUUUGGCUUUUUCUCCAUGCGUCGGAGAGGCUAUCACUGUGGCAAUUGUUGGGAAGUUCUUGAUAAAUAUGCCUUGGCUUUGGGGAUUUCAGCUUGGGUGCGUGAGUGACACGUUAUUAAAUUACGUGAAAAUAUUUGAAAUGAUAAAUAUAAGAAUAUCAUAGAUCGGAACCGCAAAAUAAGAAAUCGAUGCAAAGAGGAUCAUCACUUAUUUCUUGAAAAUUCAUACAUUUAUUAUUUCAUCUUCUUCUUUCUCAGUUAUGUUAUGAACUAAUUUAAUGACCAGCCCAGGUGGGCUACUUCAGAUUUCAAGUGACAGGGAUGAUUGAAUGGAGGCAGAAAUCAAUACCCCAAAAAAAUCCCUGGACCAAAAUUCAACCCCCCCAAAAAUCCCAUGCCGAAUUUCAGAGCCGUAAAAAUUUCCAGAGGAACUAUGCGGCCAGGAUACGCAGGAACUAUCACGAAUCUUCAGAUUGUUUGGAAUACCCAAAAAAAUCCCUUCUUAAAUCAAGCUACUCAAAAAAGUACUUGCGAAAAUUUUCCUUCCCAAAAAAAUCCCAAAAUCGAAAAUUUCAUACUCAAAAAAUCCUUCGAUCAUCCCUGUCACUUGAAGUCUGGAGUACCUCCCUGGGAUGACCAGCUGUCAGGGUUUGAAUCCCAACAAGCCUGAAUUUUUUUCAGGCUUUCUCAUAGCAACUGCAUAAGUUGCAUCAGUCUGUAACUGGGUUGACCUUCUCUGCACUUGUAAAAGUUUUUAUUAGUCAGAGAGUAUUUGUGACUGCUCAAUGCAGCUGAAUGCAUGUGUUGAUUGAUACAUGUGACUGCAUGAUGUGGUUGUAAUGUUUUAGCCCACAAUUGACCUGUUCACCACUGAGUUCUUCAGUAGCAUUAUAGUUGUUAGAGCAUCCUACAAUGGUGCAGAAAAUCCCAGAUAAAAUUCGUUUUUUUUCCGCGUUCUUCUCACCACACAUACAUCUCAUUAAAUCAUUAAGUAAGAAAAACGUAUUUAUCCUCUGUCGUUAUCUGGCUUUGGAAAUAAUGAAACAAAUAAUUCAAGUGGAACAUAACAUCCCAACUGGUAUGAGGCAUGGUAUGAGAGAAAUACACACACUCCGGUAAAUAUUGUCUGUAUACCACAUAGGCAGCUAUGUGGUAUACAGACAGCUAUGACCCUGUGGCUUAUACAUGUAUGGGUAGUCUAGUUGAACUUUUUACCUCACGUUGUAGUAUUUUUUAUAGGUUUGUUCUUGGAGCAGUCACACCAGCAGUUGUAGUUCCUCAGCUUCUCACUCUACAAGGAAAAGGGUUUGGCGUUGAACAGGGAAUCCCCACUUUAGUGAUGGCAGCAUCAUCUUUUGAUGAUGUCAUUGCGAUAAGUUUGUUUGGCAUUUUUCUGGGUAUUGCAUUCUCAGAAGGUUAGUAAGUUUUACAGUGAAACCAAGAAAACCGUGAACUCCAGAAAUAAUUAUUUCUGAAAUGUUAUUGUCUUGCAAGAGAAAAGACAAUCAGGCAUGAGAAAACUAAGCCACAAGCAAGAAUGUUAACUAGUUUGUGGUUUUGUGGCCAUUUCAGGUGUCCUGAUCUUUGCUGUGAUUGGUCGUAACACAAUAAACAUUCCUGAGACAUUCAAGUGUUCACGGUUUUCCUGGUCGCACUGUAACCUUUUGCACAGCAUAUUCAUGUUGUUACUCUGAAUUCACCCUGAUCAGUUUUUUUUUAAGUUCAUUCACUAACUUCAUUAGGGAACCCCCUAAUUCAUUUCCCAAUUCAUUAAUUAAAGUAACUGAGAGAGUAUCUUUCUGUACUGCUUCCACGUUCUGGCCUCAGUCUGCAGUUGUGUUGUGUUUAAGUGACGGAUGCAGCAGUAAAAUGUUAUGUUGGGGGUGAAGGAAGUAUGUUUCGUUCUUUGAACUUGUUUUUGAGAUAAUAAGGGGGCCAAGGGGCAUUCCAUCUGAUUUGUCACUGGUCUUGUAAUGAAUACGUCUGAGAGUGUACAAUUUCGUGAAUCUCACUGUGUGCACAUUAUCUUCCAAACAGGAACUUGUUUUUUUGUUGUAUAUAACAAAGUUGCUGUUGUAUUUCAUAUCCUCCCUUUUGACAGGGAACAUGGUAUUUAACAUCUUCAGAGGUCCCAUUGAGCUGUUAAUGGGUUUGGUGUUUGGAAGUCUGGUGGGGGCUGUAUGUUGGUUCUUACCAAGCAAGACUGAGGUAAAGUUAACUUUGCUCACUUACUUUUCCUUGAUUGAAUAGAAUGAAAGAAUGGAUCGCUUUUAUGCCGCAGCCAGUGAUUUUUUUUUUGUGUAAUACAGUUGAACCUCUAUAUGCGACCUCCUCUUGUAAACAACCACCUCAGCUCCAAUAAGAAACUAGCCUGAGAAAACAGCCAACAUUUGGCAAUGCUACUGCUGGUUUCCCCGCCAAAUGACGUCUGAGAAACAAGCGCAGAAAUUCCAUACUGAUGAAGCGUCACUACCCAGAUCUGGGUAGUGCUUCUGAUUGGUCGUGCCGCUUAGUAAAUUUGAUUCAACCAAUCAGAAGUGCUACUCAAAUCUGGGUAGUGGCGCUUCAUCAGUAUAGAAUUUCUACACUCGUUUCUCAGACAUCAUUUGGUGGGGAAACCAGUGGUAGCGUCGUUAAAUGUUGGCUGUUUUCUCAGGCUAAUAAGCAACCUAUCCAAAAUACCACAAUUUUCCUAUUUAACCCUUUUAGUCCAAAAGCGACUAACAUCUAUUUUCUCGCAACAAUAUCAAUAAACAAUCAAGAGAAAAGUUUGUGAGAAUAAAUGAAAUAGUCACCGAAGAGAAAAUGCUCUGAUCUUCAACCAAAUUCUCUCAACUUAUUCUUUAAGGAAAUGUAUCGAGACCAGUUUGGAGAAUUUGUAUGUGGAUAUUGGGGGCUUAAAGGAUUAAAGCCUUGCAGCUAGAACCCCUCAUGUAGGUGACCACAACCACUUUUCAGGGCUGAUAGUUUAUUAUUUUUCCAUUGUUUUCAACCUCUUGUAAGCGACCACUUGAUGCAUGUUUUGAGAGCUUAGUAUUCUAUAUAUACUACACUGCUCAGACUACAAAAAGAACUGUGAGUAAAAACAUAAGGUACAUUUAGAUAUGUCCAGACCUCUUCUCAGGUGAGAACCCCUAUGGUUAGAUUCUUUUAAGGGACCACCUCCUAUAAGGGAUCACUAAGUCUUCGCAUUUUGCAUAGUCGCUUUCAGGAGGUUUGACUGUAUUACUCAUUUUCCUUUAUUUUUCCAUGCAGUCAGACAGAUCUCGUAAUAGGUUUGUGAUUCUUCUUGGCUGUGCCUUGCUCUCUGUUUUUGGAAGUAACAUGGCUCAAUUUUCAGGAGCUGGAGCUUUGGGUGUACUUGUGAUGGCUACUGUGGCAUCAUACGGCUGGGGAGACUCAGAAAAGGUUGGUUGGUCAGUAAUGAAAUCAAUGCCAGCAUCCAUUGCAUUAGAGUACCAUGACAUGUUUUUACCACAAAGUAGCUUAUUAUUGUGUCCAUUUUAUCAGCUCAUGCAAAUUUUUUGAUUCUACGCCAGAAAUUUUAAAACCCUGCAAUUAUUUUGAUUAGAAAAUACAGUGAAACCUUGAUACAAGGAAGGCCCAAGGGACUGAUAAGAUAGGAUAAUGUAAUUAUGUUUGCUAUGAGGUUUCAUUAUGUCAAGGUUCUUUUCCAUAUAUUUUACUAUUACUGGGAAGGAAUAAUUAUUGAUUGUUAAUAUACCAACGACUUUCUGAUACAGAGGUUUGGUAAAUCAAGUUUCCACUGUAAAUUUGCUAACUCUUGGUUGGUUAUGUUAGGGGUCAAAUUUGAUUUCAGGUUGAGAUAUUUUUUCCUGGGUUGAUUCUCAUAGGGCUAUUAGCCAAAGGGAAGUAAGAAUCAACCUAACCUUAAACCAAAAUUAACCUGAAAUCAAAUUUGACCUGUAACAGUUGCAUGCAGAUCAUAAGGUUUCCAUGUUUUUGUAUUGUGAUAUUUUUAGGCUCCUAUUGCUGAUGCUAUGGCCAUUGUGUGGGAAUUUUUUCAGCCUCUGCUGUUUGGUUUAAUAGGUGCUGAAGUUAGUAUUGAAUACAUGGAUAGUGCACUAAUUGGUAAGCCUCUGUAAUGUAAAUGUGUAAUUGUCUCUAUGAAAACAUACUCAGUAUACAGCUAUUUUGAGAAAGGUUGUCAGUAAAACUGUGCAUGCCACAAUCCAGAAAGGUAAUACGGGAUAUGAUCAAUGCACUUUUCCUGACACUGUAGCUGUCAAAUCUACUUUUGUUGCUUUCCUUUAGCACUCGUAAACAUACGUCAAUGGCCUCUCGUGCCAUCCUUUGAAAUUUCUUUGAACAAAACAGCGAACUCAAAACCACCCACAAUAUCUUUCGUGAUUGUCGCGUGCACUAUUUCCGACAACCUUUCUCGAAACAGCUGUAUAUGUAGAGCUAAAUCUAACACAGUACUAGUCUAGGAGGUUUGUAUGUUGCUCGGGGCUUCUUUUAUUCUUUGCCAAGAGUACAAAAUAAGAAACAUUUUUGGUUAUCCUUUUCUGCCCUGGGUAUUUUCUAGCCGGGCUGGCAACGUUACAUUUACAAAAUUACAUGUUAUUUGGAUGUAAAAAAGACUGCUCACAUCCUCUCUACAUUAUAACGAAAACUGAAAGGAACGUGCCAAAUAGCGAGCCAACAAAGUGAUUGCAGGAAGGGGCACUUAUGUCCAGAAACGUAAGAAAACUCGGAACUUGGAUACUUCAUACAAUUAAUUCUUAUCUCCCCUGACUGCAUUAAGGUGAGGGCUACGAAUAGAUGACACUUCGUGAUGUCUGCCAUAAAGAGCAAAAAUCUCAAUAACUUGCAGUCAUUGACAUAUCUUUCAGUCCCUUUUAUCCAAUAAAGAUAAGAGAAAAUGGAGGGCUCUAAAAAACUGUAAAAAGUCUAUUUGAACUUAUAAUAAUAAUAUUACGUUUGGUUCAGUAUUUUUGUGUUAUUUCACUGUAGGUAAAGCUUUUGCUUUGCUCACAAUGGCCAUGGUUGUUAGACUGAUAGUAACUUUCAUUGUUGUGUCGGGAAACAAGCUCAGUAUUAAGGACAAGAUUUUCGUGGCGAUUGCUUGGUCACCAAAAGCCACUGUACAGGUAAGACCCCAGGCUUAUGCCACAAUGGGAUGAAUGUGAACAAUUUGGUUGGCAUUUCAACGCGGAUUACUGUAUAUUGUAUAUUGUAUAUUUUUAUCUGUCUUUUCAUUGGCUAAGAAACUACAUUUUAUUAUGGAAAUCAGCGCAACCUACAGAUUAGUUAUUUAUCUGCCAGCUAUUCUUUAGGUUGCGCACGCAAUUCAUGAUAUCAAGAGAAAUGUCAAACUGACUUCUGUUCGACGUCGUGUUUGUCGUUGUUUGCCAUAAAACGAUGUAUUAUAAAAAAAAGUAUUGGAAGACUACCGAACAGCCGUAUUUUUACGGUGGCUAAGAACUGCUAUUCUAGCAUUUGCAACAAGGGACUGGAGCGAGGGUGAAACAGGGAACACGCCCUACGUGGGGUAUCUGUGCUUUCGGCGCCUCGCGGCUUGCAAACAUAAACACCAGUUACUUUUUUUAAUUAUAAAACCUACUGCUUUGCAGUCUAACGACUUUCCCACCUUCCGUGCAUUAUAAAUUCUCGUAGAUCCAAACUAGGUUGAAAUGAUUUUGACUUUAGUAUUAGAUGGCAACGCGAUGACGCCGGUGGCGAAAACUUAAUUCUCUUAAAAAGUGAAUUCAUGCUGUCUUCAAAUUAAUCGCUCUUACUCCAUGUCAAUCAAUUUGUCAGAUAUUGGUGACUUUUUUCUGGAGUUGAAUUUUAAAGGACUGUAUCUAGUUUAAAAAAGAAUUAGCAGGCGUUGUCUUGUGUUCACGUCUUCCACAAAAAGCCUUUGAAAUUAGGCAGUUUCACGUCGUGGUCAUGCAACGACGGCAAAGAAAGGGUAAAAAAUAGUGACGCAAGUAAAAAGUUGUUGUUUUACCAAUCUAAUCCUAUAACUCUUUUUCCAUUCUUGUUGCCGUCUCGUCGUCAUGGUUACUUAAUACCCGUAUUGUCUUUGCAGGCCGCCAUAGGGUCAGUAUCAUUGGACAUGGCGCGCGAACGAGGUUUUACCGGUAUGCUUCAGGAAGAGCUCGGAAUUCAGGUAAUAACAGUUCAUAAUCCCCUUCUGGUUGCUCUUUUCGUACUUGUACACGUCCAAUGAUGCCAAAAAGGGUCUAAAAUACUCAUGAUGGCCUGCGCACUCCCUUUUGGCCCUGUACAUGUGGUUCAGUUGGUAAAAAGGUUAUUUAAAGUUGAGGCAGUGGUCUUUUUUCUCUUUCCUUCUCUGGAACAAUUUCCGGAUUUUAGGCUAUCGCCGAGGUUGACAUUCAUGAGAUUCUAUAGCAACCACAUCUAAAUGCUACGCGCCGGGCUUCACUGCAGUUUAGCCCAUCGGCAAAGUCUUCCCCUCUUGCUUUUUCAGUCGCCAGAUGACAACUGACAUGCAACCAUGCACUCUCAAACUCCUGUGCACACGUCAUGCUCUUUUUCGAGGAAACAAACAGAAAAGCUUUAGUAGUCUUUGGUUAGGAACGACGCUGUAGUCUGAAUUUAAGAUAUGGAUCUGAAAAUUAAUGGCCAUCUCUAAUUAUACCGUCUGAAAUUAGAUGCAGUCGCCUUGCAGUUACUGUCGGUUUUAAUACAACUUUAUGUUUUGGUAAGCUUGCUAUCAAGACUCAGGACUGAUGAAAGCACUUCCUAACUGAAAUGUACCAGGUAUGUGCAGAUCUAAUCUGCAUUCGCUGGGUGCACGCGUGUUUUCGUUCGUGUAAUCGCCACACCAGCCACGGCUUUACGAACACAAAAAAGCCACUUUCGCUAGCCCAAAAAAUACGCCUUCAUUUCAGACUGGCGCAGUUUCAGUUGGUCGUACGGUGGUACCCCGCCUUACGGCCAUCUCGGUAAUACGGUCACCGCGUUAUUACGGCCAGUUUUUUUCGGCCCUCAAAACGGCCAUACAUUUCCUUAUAAAAAACCGUUAACGCGUUCACGUGCACCCGUUAAUACAGCCAACGGCCACAUUUUAAAAUGCCAAACAGUAGAAUCCCUUAUAAUUUCACCCCGUUAAUACUGCCACUCGUUCGAAAUUUAGAAAAUUAAAAUGCCUGUGACAUGUCAGUUUUAUUAACCAAGUAAUCUGAUCUUAUUCUUUUACUCCUUUUAGACUACUGUACACUUGUGGCGAUUUAUAGCCGAAUUCUAAGAGUUUCAUGUACUGAAGGAAAAUUUUAGGUAGUUUUUUUCAAUUACUGUACGCGAUAUCUACGUUCCGGUUGUUUAUUAAUAAGAACAAUACUUUGAAUGCGAUGUAUGGUGUACUUGUCAUUACGGCCCUGGGGCCCGUUUCUCGAAAGUCCCGGUAACUUUUUGGGCGCGAAGUCAAAUACUCAAAUCGAAAUAUAGAGACUAAGAGCGCAGGUCUUGGCUAGCAAACUACACCAUUUCGUUUCAUUAACUGAUAGUUUUAUCAUGUUAGAUGCAAAACUAUUGAAACUUCGAUCUUUAACGUAAACGGAGACAGCUUACCGGGCCCAUUAAUUAUCGGGACUUUCGAGAAACGACCUACUUAAAAUUCCCAUUAACUUUACAGAUAUUGACCAUAGCCGUGUUGUCCAUCCUUCUCACGGCUCCAACUGGAGCCGUGGGAAUUGCCGUCUCAGGCCCCCGGUUGCUGCGCAGGUCCGAAACGAAAGAAGAGACUGGAGACAAAGGAGAGGUGGAACCCAUUCUAGAUGGUUCCAAUCCCCAGAUGGAUUCAACCGUGUAA